CAGUAUUCUCACCUGAAGAGAGAUGGCAGAAAUCAAUUCUCCUGUAAAUAUCAAGGAAAAGAUCAAUGCAAUCCGAUCAAUUGUUCCAAACAAAAGCAAUAAUGAGAUAGUUCUAGUGUUGCAGCAGUUUGAUAACAACGUAGACAAGGCUGUUCAGGCUUUUAUGGAUGGCAGUGCAACUCAAGUUCUAAAAGAAUGGAAUAUGACAGGGAAAAAGAAGCACAAUAGGAAAAAAAGAAGCAAAUCUAAACAGCACCAAGGCAGUAAAGAUCCUAAAACCAAGGAUGGUGGACCUGAGAAGGCAUCUCAAGAGCCACAGGGAAUAUAUGAAUGCCAUCUUAAUGGAUGCUCUAAGGACAACUCUUGCAGUGCUUCUGCCAAUCAGAAACUGGAAGCUGCUUCUCCUAAGAACAAGGGCUCAGGAUUUGCAGAGUCAACACUGGUCUGUCCAAAAAUCACAGACAAAGAACAAGAACAGCAGAAGGUGUCUGUGGAACUAAACCCAAAGAAUAUGAAUGGAGUAGACCAGCAUGAGUCUCAGUCAUCAGUUCAACUCCAGUGUCACCCAGGCAGGCCAAAGUCAAAAUCUUCCUCAGUUAAAUCACCUAAUGCUACAGCCCAGCUUGAAACAAAGACAGAUGAUUCAGUCAAAAAAAGAGGGCCAAACAUUGAAAAAUCAGUAAAAGACUUGCAGCGUUGCACUGUUUCUCUAACCAGAUACCGUAUGAUGAUCAAAGAGGAGGUGGAUAAUUCAGUGAAGAAGAUCAAAGCUGCUUUUGCAGAAUUACACAGCUGCAUCGUAGACAAAGAAGUGUCAUUAAUGGCAGAAAUUGAUAAAGUUAAAGAAGAAGCCAUGGAAAUCCUGACUGCUCGGCAGAAGAAGGCUGAGGAGCUGAAGCGCCUGACAGACCUGGCCAGUCAGAUGGCUGAAGCACAACUCUCUGAACUCAGGGCUGAAAUUAAGCACUUUGUGAGUGAACGGAAAUAUGAUGAAGAGCUGGGCAGGUCUGCUCGAUUUUCCUGUGACACAGAACAGCUGAAGACCCAAAUCCAGCUCUGUGGAGAAAUUUCUCACCCAAAGAACAACUAUUCCUCAAGAACACCAUGUAGUUCAGUGCUGUCUUCAAUGAACUCACGUGCAACAACUGGCAAGCAAAACACCCGAAAGUCCUCUAGUAACGCCAGGAACUCUGAUAAUAAAACAGCCAAUGCUAAAAUACAAAGUCACCUUUCUUCCAGUCCUACAGAAUCUUCUUCCCAAGGAACUGUGACAAAUAAGCAGAACGGGCCUUCUAGCCAGAGACGAAGAUUCAACCCGCAGCACCAGAAUGUCCGGCUCAACGGGUCCCUUAAAUCACAAGGUGCCAGUAACGAGGCAGAUCAAAAUAAUGCAAAGAGUGGUUCCAGGUCUGAACACAGAAGACAGCAGCAUAACAGCUUCAGACCUAAAAAUAAAGGCGCUAUGAAAAACCAAGAGCAGUCCACAGCUGCCAGGACCGCAGAGAACCUGGGCCAGGCGGAGAAGAGCCGGCGGAGGCAGCCCGCGGCGCACAGCACGGAGCGCAGGCCGCUGCCUGCCGGUGUGGGCAGGGCCUCCCAGUGCAACCUGUGUCCUGCCAGGAUGGAGGGCUCUGCUGAGGCCACUGUGCUCUCAGUGCCAGCUGUGACUUUGGUGGCUUGA